AUGAAUGUAAAGGAAAUGGAUUUUAAUGAUUUAUCAAAUAAAUCCAAUCAAAUAAUCAAUAGAAUAUCAUCAUUUUCAAGUCCAAUUGGGUUAUCAUCAUUCAACAUUGAAAGAAAUCUACAAGAGAUUGGUGAUACAUCAAAACAAUUGAAUGAUUUAACUUCAUCAAAAACUCCAUUUUCAAAUCCAUUGGAACCAAAUGUAUUUCAAGAUUCUAAAAUUAAUAGAAAAUAUGGAUUAGAUCCAAAAGUUUUAGCAAAGAAUUUAUCUAAUAUCAAUACAUCAUCAUUCACAGAUGUUCAAUCAGUACCAACAGAUAUUGAUGGUUAUUUAAAGGUUCAAUUUGAGAAUAUCAUUUUGAAUACAAUUUGUGACAUUCAAAAAAAGACAUCAAAAGAGUUUCAAUCCCAUUAUGAACAAACAUCAAUUCAUGAUUGGAAUAGAGAUAAAAAAUAUUUAGAGGAGAUUUUAGGUCAAAAACAUAUUAAAGUUUUACCAAGUGUUGGUGGUGCUAGCGCUAGUAAUCAAUCAUCAUCAUCAUCAUCAUUAUUUCAACAAAGCGUUCGUGGUGGAUUAUCUUCAAGUAUUAUGGGUCAAAGUGUUCGUCCUACUUAUGGUCAACAAUCUCAAUUUGGUGGUUCAUCAACAAUCUCAAUUGGUGGUAAUAUAAGUAGAGUUGGUGGUGGUAGUGGUGGUGGUAUAUAUUCUCAAAGACAAACUGGUCAGAAUGAAGAUAGAACUAAAUUAUCAGAUAAAAUGAAAAAGUAUGCAAGUAUAAUUGAAGAGUAUGAUAUUCACAUGGCAGAUCAAUCAAAAUCUUAUGGUUUCCCAUUGGUUCAUAGAUUAAUGGAUGCCUGUCUUUCAACAGAUAUUAAUAUUGGUGGUGGAAUUAAUACAAAUACUGCCACUACUAUAGUAACCCAUGUUUGGAAUUUAUUAUUAACAUUAACAAGUGAAAUCGAUACAACAAAUUAUAUUCAACAAUUAAAAGAACAACAACAACAACAACAACAACAAACACCUCAAUUAAAGGAACAACAACAAAAACAACAACAAUUAACAGAACUUCAAAAACAUACAAAAUAUCACACAAAACCAACUAUGGCCCAAUUAUUAAAGAGAUCUAUUUCAUUUUUAGAGACUCAGUUUAGUCAAGUAAUUGAAAGUCGUUUACCAAAACAUUCAAAUGUAUCAUUACCACUGAAUAUUAUUGUGGCAUAUAUCAAGUCAUUGAAUCAAUCACCAUUAACCGAUAGUUCUGAUGAAAUUUAUGAAGGUUGUUCCAUUUGGUGUAUCAUUUACUAUCUAUUACGUAGUGGUUAUACCUUAGAGGCAUACCAAUUUGCAUUGGAAAAAUGUGGAUCUCGUUAUUUCGAUAUUUUAUCACCAAUCUUUAAAGAAAAACAACAGCAGCAACAACAACAACAACAACAACAACAACAACAACAACAGCAACAACAACAAAAAUCUUCAUUACCAACUACUACUAAUAAUACAUCAAUAAAUAAAGACCAAAGAGAUAGAAUGACUAGAGAAUUUAAUACAGCUAAAACAGAGAGUAAAGAUGUGUUUAAGAUCUCUGUAUUUAAUCUUUUAUCUUGUAAUGAUCCAAACUCAACAAAACAACAAGUGAUCACAUCUAUUCAAGAUUAUAUUUGGUGGAGAUUAAAUUUCAUAAGGGAAAGAAUCACCAUUGAACCAACUAAUGAUUCAGCGAUUUCAUUGUUAGAGUCCUUACAAAAUGAUAUUAAAAAUUCAAUUGAAAAAAAUAGAAAUAACUAUGAAACAUUGGAAAUAUUUCAAUUACUUUUGGUAUCGUUACAAUUUGAAGAUGCAAUCGUUAGUCUUUAUCAAUUUUGUCCCGAUGAUUCUUUACAUUUAGCAAUCGCAUUAGAUUAUUAUAAACUUUUGAGAACCUCAAAUAGUGGUAUCAAUAAUAAACAUGUUGAUGAAAUCAAUAAAUUCAAUAAAAGCACCACCAAUACAAACACUAUGACUUACCAACAAAAUCAACAACAACAACAACAACAACAACAACAACAACAACAAGAACAACAAAAAGAAAUUUACGAUCAAACUUCCAAAUCAAUUCAUUUGGUAGAAAUGAUUAAACAAUACACAAAAAUAUUUUCCUUUGAAGAGAAUAGAGAGGCUUUUUUCUAUUACCUUUUAAUUGCUGAUAAUGAUAUUAAAAUCCAAGAAAUUUCUGAACUUGUAGUAUCAUCUCCAAAUGGUUUUAAAUUUGCUCAUGAAUUAUCUUUAUUUUCUGAAUUUAUAAAUAAACAACAAUGGAGAACUAUUAUAGAACAAUCAGCAUUGGAAUUAGAGAAUAAGAAUGAAUAUCAAAGUGCAAUUGAAUUUUGGAUUAUGAUUGAAGAGUAUCCAAGAGUUUUAGAGAUUUAUAAUAGUAGAAUAUCGGUAUUAUUAACCUCAAUUUCAAGUGAAAGAGAUCAAUUAUAUCAAUUUGGUAAGCAAUUAUUCAAUGAUUAUCAAGGUAGAUUAAAAACAACCUCAACAGCAAGAACCAGUUAUUUAGCCUUUGAGCAAUUAUUGAAACUUUGCGAUUUCUUUGACCUAUACAACAAAGAAAAGUAUCAAGAGGCAAUUCAAAAGAUUGAAAAUUUGGAAAUCUUACCAAUCUCUGAAUCAGAAAUCGAUUCAAAGGUACAAGAUUAUCGUUUCCUUUCACCACAUAUCACUAGAAAUUUCUCUUCUAUCAUUCAAGCAUACGUUGACAUCAUUGUUAAACAAUACCAUUUACUAAAUAACUUUGACGAAUUUACUAAUCGUAGUGCCUUAUUUGCUGGUCGUAAACAAACCAUUCAAGAUCUUCAAUCUAGAACUCAAUGUAUUGCUUUGUUUGCUGGUAAAAUAGAUUUCCCAAUGUCUGGUAAUAUCUUACCUCGUUUAAUGAAUUUAUUUAUCUCAAUGUCUAAUUAA